CCACCCCCACCCCACAGGGAGAUGGAAAGAGUCUAGCAGGAGAGCCCAGGGCAGAGUUCUGGGUUCCCCAGGUUCACGAGGCCCACUCAGUUUCCACUCCCGUGGGUGUCUAACAGAGCAACCAAUCCGCCUCACUGGAUUCAUAAUCAAGUCAUCAGCACAAGGGUUCUCUGUCUCCCAGACCCACAUGAUAUGGGUCAUGAUGCCCAGACCCCUGCUCCUGCUGCUCUUGGGGACCCUGGUCCUGACCCAGACAAGGGCCGGCCCCCACAGCCUGAGCUACUACCACACCGCCCUGUACGGACCUGGCCGUGGAGAGUCCCGGUACACCGUCGUCAUCUACGUGGACGACGCGGAGAUCCUGCGGUUCCACAGCGACGCCGCCAGUUCCAGGCUGGAGCCGCGGGUGCCCUGGAUGGAGGCGCCGUGGGUUCAGCAGGAGGGCGCACGGUUUUGGGAGGAACAGACGCGGGAAAUGCGGCACAACGAACAGCGGAGCAGAGCGAACCUGAACCAGCUGCGCGCCCACUACAACCAGAGCCAGGACGUGUCGCCCACUUGGCAGGAAAUCACCGGCUGCGUCGUGGAGUCGGACAGACGCUUCCUCCGCGGGUUCAGUCAGUUCGCCUACGAUGGUGCCGACUUCCUCGCCCUGAACCGGGACCUACGAUCCUGGACCGCGGCCCCGGGGGUCAACUGGAGCGACGUUGUGCGGGUCCCUGACGCGGACGUUCGGAGGUUCUUCCUGGAGGACACGUGUGUGCGCCGCCUCCAGCUGCUCCUGGAGAAGGGGAAGGAAGAGCUGCAAAGAGCAGGUACCAGGGCGCGGGCUUCCCCGAAGAGGGGAUCUGUGGGCUGGGGCGGCUUCCUACAGGGAGAGGAGGGAAAUGGGGCAGCGUCAGGAAGUCCCUCCUGCUCCGGAGAGGAAACAGCGCCCCACAUUUGCUCAUUCUGUGACUCACACACGUGCCCAGCUUUCUCUAAAUGACAGUAAGGGACCCAAUCUCUCCCUGAAACACCCACAGCCGGUCCCUCACACCCUGCAGCACUUGGGGCACCAGGACGCUCUCCCUGGUUCUGGGGCUGAGACCUUCUCUGGAGGCCUGACUCCGGGUUUGCUGAGUCAUCAGCCUCCACCUGAACCUGUGUCUCCUCUUAGAGACCUGGACACUCCUACCCAGGUUCUCACCCUGA